AUGGCUUCCAGAUUAGAUCGUCUCGUCACCAUUCUGGAGACAGGCAGUACCCGGCUCAUUCGCGAUACUGCCGUCAACCAGCUGGCUGAUUGGCAAAAACAGCACCCUGAUGAACUGUUUAAUUUGCUCUCCCGCGUUGUUCCCUACCUACGCCACAAGGAUUGGGAAACUAGAUCCACUGCCGCAAAGGCAAUCGGCAAAAUUGUAGAGAAUGCGCCGCUCUACGAUCCUAAUGAAGAAGAUGGCGACGCUGUCGCACAGAUACCCCCAAAAGAAGAACCCGCUUUUACCAGAAAUGGCCAGGUGAAAAAGGAAGAAGACGACGAUAACGCCGACGGCAUCGCCAAGAUUGAUCUCAAAGCCGACGACCAGUUCAGCUUCGACAUGAUCAAUGUCGAAUCUAUUCUCAAAUAUGGCCGUGAACUUCUGCGCGGUGGUGUCGAAUAUAGCCUCGCCGCGUUGGACCCUGCAGAUCGUCUCGCGCAUCAGAGAAAAACGCUUCCCGGGCGCCUUGGUCUGCUCGGUCGCAAAGUUGAAGAUGAAGAAAUUGCCCCUCCAGAACCCGUCGGCGUUCCCCAAACACCAAUUGAAGGCCCCAGAAACGGCGGCCUGCCCAGGAGCGACAGCAUCAGCCAGAGCCAAGGAGAGGACUCUCAGCUGAGCUCAAGACAGCUCAAUGUCCUCAAGCGCAAGCGGAAGAGGGAGGCUAUGAAAGCUUCCCAGGGAAAAAGCGGCUUUGGCGAUCUCACUUUGCGGCGCUCUACAACAGCCGGCUCCGAAGCCAUGGUCGAAGACACAAUUAUGACCGAUGCGGAUAAAAAAAAAAAUAGCAAGAUGACCGAGUAUUUUAACCUCGAUCGCCCCACCGAGACCGACGAGGACACCAAGGUUGUCAGUGAAUUUAAAGGUCCAAUUCUGACGAUUCAAUCCGAAAUCGAAGCCGACAACGACAUGCAGGGCGCCGAAUGGCCCUAUGACCGUCUCUGCGAUUUUCUCAAAGUCGACAUUUUCGAUCCUUGUUGGGAGACUCGCCACGGAGCUGCCAUGGCUCUGCGAGAGGUCAUUCGCGUUCACGGCGCCGGCGCCGGCAGGGGUUCCGCCAAAUCUCGAACCGAGAAUGACGCUGCCAACAAGAAAUGGCUCGACGACCUGGCUUGCCGCCUUUGCUUCGUUCUGAUGCUCGACCGUUUUACAGACUACAGCUCCGACACAUCUGUUGCCCCUAUUAGAGAGACCAUUGGUCAGACGCUUGGUUCUGUUCUCAAGCAUGUUCCCGCCGAAUCCGUCUAUGACACAUAUCGCAUACUACAUCACAUGGUUCUGCAGGAAGACCUCAAGACGGAGCGUCCCGUCUGGGCUGUCUGCCACGGUGGUAUGAUUGGUCUUCGAUACGUCGUCGCAGUAAGGAAGGAUUUGCUGCUACAGCAUAAUGACAUGAUUGAUGGCGUGAUUGCCGCCGUUAUGAAAGGGCUCGGCGAUAUGGACGAUGAUGUUCGCUCGGUGAGCGCUGCGACUUUGAUACCCAUGGCGAAAGAAUUUGUCAUAAUGCGCCCUGCUGCACUCGAUGGUCUCACGAACAUUGUAUGGGAGAGUCUAUCCAACCUAGGUGACGACCUAAGCGCGAGUACCGGACGCAUCAUGGAUCUUUUAGCAACGCUUUGCGGCUUUCCCGAAGUUCUGGAAGCAAUGAAGUCCUCCGCCAAGAAAGACGAAGAGCGCUCAUUCACGUUGCUCGUCCCGCGCCUCUACCCAUUCUUGCGCCAUACUAUCACCUCUGUUCGCCUUGCUGUUCUAAAGGCUUUACUGACAUUUACCAACCUUGCCGAUGAGUCAUCACAGGGCUGGUUGAAUGGCAAGAUUCUGCGACUCAUUUUUCAGAACAUUCUCGUCGAGCGAGACAAGGAGACUCUCAACAUGUCGCUAGAGCUCUGGACCGCCCUGGUACAAAACCUAGCAAAGAACCCGGCUACUUUGGCUGACGAAUUCACUCCCAAUAUUGAUGCCCUUAUGGAGUUGACUCUGCAUCCGAUUGGUGUUUCUCGAUACCCCAUCCCUAUGAACGCAACUCUCUUCCAGAAGCCCUCCGGGGGCACCUACUCCAUGCCUGCCACUGCCCAGAACGCAGCCGGCAGGCUGCCUUCGCCGGAGGUGGCCGACCGCGCGCCCAAACGCCGCCGAAAAUCAGGCAAAACAGAGGAAACUGUGCCGGCCAAUAAUGGCCACGACGUCGACGGCCAUAUGAUGACCGGUGAUGUUGAUCUUGUCGGCAUGGAUGUUCUCAUUCGCUCGAGAACUUCAGCAGCAAAGGCUAUGGGCCUGAUCAUGUCUCACGUGCCAUCAACGAAGCUUGAUGACUUUGAUGCCCUUCUUGUACCAGGCCUUUCUUCCGCGUUUGCUUCCACUCAGGUCACUGCCUGUCUAGUCAUCGACGAGUACUGCAAGGAGUGCAAAGCUGGCGAAGAUAGGACCACCCGAUAUGCCGACCAUCUGCAGCGCAUCAUCGAAAGCGACAGGCCGAUCUUCUACCGUGAUCUCGUCAUCUACAUGCAACGGGCUCGCUCCCAGUGUCAGCAACUGCUACACAUGUUCCGGGACCAUGGAAAAGUGGCACCCGGAAAGCUUCCAGUACUGCCUGUCGUUGUACAGGGCGAAGCGGAAGCUGGUCCCAGCGCUUUCUCUCUGCUGACUGCAGACAAAUGCGUUGGCGACGACUUCGACAGGCUGAAGAAAAUCAUGCCACCUGGCCAGCGUCUAAUCGCAAGCCAGCAACUGGCCGAUUCGCGCGACGUUGCGCAGACCGCCAUCCAAGAAGCCAAGACGUUGAAGGAUAACCGCGAUAUCCGAAUAAAGGCCGCCGCGGCAUGUGCGCUGGUUGCAAUGAAGUUGCUUCCAAAGAAACCCAGCCCGCUCAUUAAGGGCAUCAUGGAUUCUGUCAAGGCGGAAGAGAAUCAAAUCCUGCAGUCUCGCUCUUCAGACACCAUCGCCAGGCUUGUUCAGCUCUUUGCUGAUAGGGGUCGACGGGGCCCUGCGGAUAAGGUUGUUGCUAACCUAGUCAAGUUCUCAUGCGUUGAGGUGGCCGAGACUCCAGAGUUCCCCGUCCAUGCAACGAAACGCGAUGUCAUUUUGUCGAUGUCUAAGGAAGAAGAUAGGGUAGAUCAUGCUGAUGCAGCUAAAUGGGCGAGAGAAGCCAAGGCUGCCCGCGUCACGAGGAGAGGUGCAAAAGAGGCCCUCGAAAUCCUAUCCCACAUCUACGGUGCUGCUAUCUUUGAGACUGUUCCAAGCCUGCGAAACUAUAUGGAGCAACCUCUCAUCAAAGCAUUCUCUGGCGAACUGCCGGAAACGGCCAAGGACCCCGAAGAUACCUUCGGCCAGGAGAUCGUCGACGCCUUGUCCGUUAUCCGCACUAUGACGCCGACGCUGCACAAGGACCUCCACGCCUUUGUGCUGGAAAUGGUGCCAUUUGUUAUCAAAGCUCUACACUCGGAGCUUUCGGUUUUCCGCUACAUGGCAGCCAAGUGCAUGGCCACCAUUUGUAGUGUCAUGACGGUUGAAGGCAUGACAACACUGGUUGAAAAGGUUCUGCCCUCGAUCAACAACCCUCUGGAUCUACACUUGCGACAAGGAGCCAUUGAAGCAAUCUACCAUCUGAUUGCCGUCAUGGGUGACUCAAUUCUGCCUUACGUCAUAUUUCUCAUCGUGCCUGUCCUUGGUCGAAUGAGCGACUCUGACAACGAGAUCCGUCUGCUUGCAACUACUUCUUUUGCUACACUUGUUAAGCUCGUUCCGCUCGAGGCUGGUAUACCGGACCCGCCUGGCCUUUCUCAAGAACUCCUCAAAGGGCGUGACCGUGAGCGCACCUUUAUCGCCCAGCUCCUGGAUCCAAAGAAGGUCGAACCAUUUGCUAUUCCCGUUGCCAUCAAGGCUGAGCUUCGAUCUUACCAGCAAGAGGGUGUCAACUGGCUCCACUUCCUGAACAAGUAUCAUCUCCAUGGUAUUUUGUGCGAUGACAUGGGUCUUGGUAAAACAUUACAGACGCUUUGCAUUGUUGCCAGUGAUCACCAUCAGCGACAGGAAGAGUUUGCAAAAACUCAGGCUCCAGAUGUUCGCCGCCUGCCGUCUCUCAUUGUCUGCCCGCCCACGCUGUCUGGUCACUGGCAGCAAGAGAUAAGGACAUACGCGCCGUUCCUUAGCGUUACCGCCUAUGUUGGCCCUCCCGCCGAGCGAAAAUUGCUGAAAAGUAAGCUCGGAGAUACGGACAUCGUCAUCACCUCCUAUGAUGUGUGCCGUAACGACUCUGAUGAGCUAGAGAAGCACAACUGGAACUACGUUGUCCUUGACGAAGGUCAUUUGAUCAAGAACCCCAAGGCCAAGAUUAGCCAGGCUGUCAAAAGACUUUCCAGCAAUCAUCGUCUCAUUCUCACCGGAACGCCGAUUCAGAACAAUGUUCUAGAACUCUGGUCUCUCUUUGACUUUUUGAUGCCUGGCUUCCUUGGUACAGAAAAGGUUUUUUUGGACCGAUUCGCUAAGCCCAUCGCCUCUAGUCGGUUCAGCAAGGCGUCCUCGAAGGAACAAGAAGCUGGAGCACUAGCCAUUGAGGCUUUGCACAAGCAAGUCCUUCCUUUCCUCCUACGUCGUCUAAAGGAAGAGGUGCUGGAUGACUUGCCACCCAAGAUUCUGCAGAAUUACUACUGUGAUCCCAGCGACCUGCAGAAGAAGCUGUUUGAGGACUUUCAUAAGAAGCAAGGCAAGAAACUGCAAGCUGAGGCUGGUCGAGAAGAUAAGGAAUCAAAGCAGCAUAUUUUCCAAGCACUUCAGUACAUGCGGAAACUCUGCAAUUCACCUGCAAUGGUCAUGAAACCAGGAGUGCCCAUGUUUGACGAGACGCAAAGGAUCCUGUCAAAGCAGGGUACAUCGAUCGACGACGUUGCGCAUGCACCCAAGCUUGGCGCACUUCGUGACCUGCUCGUUGACUGCGGCAUUGGUGGCGAUGAUGGAGAGAGCAACGAUCCCCUAUAUCAGCCAAUCAAGCCCCACCGAGCGCUCAUUUUCUGUCAAAUGAAGGAGAUGCUUGAUAUGGUACAGAACAAGGUGCUCAAAGAAAUGCUACCCAGUGUAUCGCAUCUACGUCUAGAUGGGUCUAUCGAAGCCAAUAAGCGGCAGGACAUAGUCAACAAGUUCAAUAGCGAUCCUUCCUACGACGUCUUGCUCCUGACGACCAGUGUGGGUGGUUUGGGCCUUAAUCUGACCGGUGCCGAUACCGUCAUCUUUGUUGAGCACGACUGGAACCCGCAGAAGGAUCUGCAGGCUAUGGAUCGCGCGCACAGAAUUGGCCAGAAAAAGGUCGUCAACGUCUACCGCCUCAUCACCAGAGGCACCCUGGAAGAGAAAAUCCUCAACCUACAGCGAUUCAAGAUUGACGUAGCGUCAACAGUCGUCAAUCAGCAAAACGCAGGUCUAGGUACUAUGGAUACGGACCAAAUUCUAGACCUCUUCAACGUGGGUGAUGGUGGACCGAACCUACUAUCGGACAAAACUCAGAACCACAUGGAAGGUAGAGAGGAGGAUAUGGUGGACAUUGAAACCGGUGAUGUAUUGCGACAGCCGGGCAAGAAGGCUUGGCUGGAUGACCUCGAGGAGCUCUGGGACGAUAAGCAAUACGAAGAGAGUUUUGACUUGGAGGGAUUUAUGAAGACAAUGUCAUGA